AUGCUCCUGGCCCUGGUGUGCGGACUGGGGCUCUUCCUCCUCCUGCUGCCCUGCCUCCAGGGUGAGCCAGCAGCCCCGCCAUCUCGCAGGAGGAGUGGCAGAAAGUGUGGCCUGCAGGCGCGGGGGCGGGGCAGGAGCAGGAAGAAGAUUGCAGCUCUGGCAGCCUGUGGAGACUGCCUGGAAUACCUGAAGGAGACAUGGAACCUGAUCUCUCUUGUGCAAAGCCUCCUGGGGAUUCCCCCCAACGACGACAGCGCCCACCAGCCCCUGGAUCGAGACCCCCCUGAAGAGCUGUGCAGGAGAACAGCUGGCGGGGCCCCCGGGCUCCAGGACCACCUGGGGAGCAAGUGCCUCGGGCCCCCAGACCCCUCAGCUCCGCCUCGCUCACCCCCACCCGGCACUGCCUCUCGGCCACCAGAGCCCUGGCUUCCCCGAGAACCCCCGUCACCCCAGGCACUGGCAGGUCCCCUCGGCCCACAGUGCCCGCCUGUCCCCCGGGCCUGCUGGGGGCCUCCAGCGGCCCGCUCCGCCCCACCACUGCCAUGCCCUGCGCUGGCUCUUUCUCAGGGUGACUCGAUGGCACUUCCGCUGGGCGCCAUCACACGGCGCCCGGCCCUGCCCGAGCACGUGCUGGCUUCUCCCAUCCCAGCCAUCUCCAGCCUGGGCCACUCAAGCUCGGCCGUCCCAGCCCUUCCUUGGUGGCCACUGGCUGCCAGAGCCUUGAGCCUCGCCACCUCAUCAGACAGCGAGUCCCAGAAAGAGCCUCCCUCCCACCCCCCACCAAGGGCCGCCUCCUCGGGGGAUGCCACCAGCCCCUCUUUCUGCAGCUCUGGUGACCAGAACAUCCUGGGGAUAAAGGUCACCGGGAAAGUCGAGAUCAAAAUCUGGAAGGAAAAGGAAAAAGACGGAUCAUUUUUAGAACAGAUGGGUCCAGGGUACCGCCUCAGCUCCUGGAGGGAUGUGCUGAACUCGCUGGCUGCCAAGCAGGACCCCAGCGCGCGGCCCUUUUGGGAAAUGAAGGACAAGGCACAGCAGCUGCUGGGGCCUCAGCCGCUCUCUUGUUCCAAGGCCCUGGGGGACCAUUUUCAGCAGAAAUACAACCAGCUUUUCUGGGGUCUCCCCUCUCUGCACAGUGAAUCCCUGGUGGCUGCUGCCUGGAUCCCUGGGGGCACUUCUGCUCCGCAGCCCGCCUCCUUCUUAUUCAACGGAAUCUCCAGUGUCUGCCCAGUUCCAGUGCAGGAUCCAAUGUCUGCCCUGCUUUCCCAGUCCCAUCUGGGGCCCCAGGCCCCACCCUUGCUUCUGUCUAUACCCCAAUUCCGGCCCCCAGCCCUGGGUCAGUUCCAGACUGGGGCCCACCUCCAGCCCUCUCUCCAGGCCCUGCCGCCCUCCUCUCCACCUCACGUGACGGACUGUGCACCCCAGAGUAAGCCCCAAGCUCUCCUCCCAGCUGGACUUCCACACGCAGAAAUGCCCUGGCUUGGGAAACACCUGGGACGGGGGUGGGCUUUGCCCGCAGUGGUCCAAAGAUCUCAGGACGUCUACAACAUUCUCACGCCCCACCUCUGCCAAGACAGCUGCGCAGACGCCAUCCUUCCUGAGAACCUCCCAGUCAGCCCUGAGCUGCGGGAGCAACUGGAGCAACACAUUCAAAGGUGGCUCAUUGAGCGCCAGUGGGACCAGAUGCAAGAGCCUCUGGAACUGAUGCAGCUUCGGGAUGAGCUAGCAGAGACCUGUCAGACCAAGGACAAGCCCUGUCCCUCCCGGUCCUCCCUGUCUGGAGGCGAAUGCAUCAAGGAGACACAGAAGGUGAGGUUCCAGCUAGGGAAGGACGCAGGCAAGAACCUGGGGCAUAUUCUGGGGAAGGUCCCAAAAGACCCAUCCAGAGACUUGGAGGUCUUCCCAGGGAAGGUUCAGCAGACAAGCCCUCUGGAUUCAUUGAGAAACCUGACGAGGCUGUUGAAGAGACACUCGGAAAAUGACGAGGACCAGAGCCACCUAGGAAGCACGCUGAAAGCCCACUUGUGCCUGAAGUCGGAGCAGAUCCAGGAGGGCCUGAUCCCCUGGAGCGUGUACCAGUCCUGGCUCUCUCUCCACAGUGCUUUGUUCAUGUCCGACGCCAACAGGGAAACCAGGGCCCCGGUGACCUCAGAGAGCUGGGAAACCUGCAUGGCCACCUGCAGGAGGCUCCCCUUCCUCGACCCAGACACUCAGCAGGUGCUGGAAGAGCACAUUGUAAAGCUGUGGGUGAAGCACAGGUGGGGCCUUCCCCUCAAGGUCCUGAAGCCCACAAACCUCCUUAAGAAGACCGCGAGCCAGCACAUGCCCCUUCCAGAACUGGCCGGCCCCUCCUCUUCCCCCCAGGUGUCGGGAGAUAACUUGAAAGUUGAGGUUGCCAAGAUCCUGGGGAAACCACCUCAGCCAUGUCUCAGAGGGAAGGUGCCCACGGAUGAGUCUGUUCCCACCCUGGGUAAGGAAAUCGAGAGGGCUUUGACAGGAAUCCCACCCACUCAGGACCACAGGCCCCCGGCGGCCCCUCCAGCUGUACAGGAGAGCAGGCAGCCUUCUCAGACCCUCUCACACAGCCUCCUGGACAGAACCUUGCAGAGCAGGACUGUCCUGGGGACGGGGAAAAGCAGCCUCAAAGCCCCUUCACUGCCUAGAACGUCUGCUGCCCGCUUUCUGGAAGAGCCCUGCCUUCAGCCAGAGGACGCUGGCGAGUUUCAGCAGACAGUGGAGAUAAAGGUAGUGAACCAGCCGCCAGUCUCUGCCCCUGAUGUCAGCCUUCCAGACUGUUCCACCAACACACUCUCGGCUGCAGACAGUUUGGCCUCUCCGGUGUCCUGGUCUCCUCUGCAGAGCAAGCCUUUUGGGAAAACCCCAGUCUCACCGACAUUAGUUAACCUCUUGGCAGCCAGGAGGAGCAGCCUCAUGCCGCAGAAGCCCAGGGUUCUCAAACAUCAGCACCUUCAGAGGCCCCAACGCGAGCUGUACACGCCUGCUUACAGGGGCGAGGACAGGAGGAGGCCCAGCUCAGGACAGCAUAAAGAAAUGGAAGAACUGGGGACCUGCAAGCUCCCCCAGGCCAGGGGCCUAGAAGAGAAGAAGCAGGAGCCUUCAGAAGGCUUCUUCCGAAGAACCUGGAGGCGCUUUCUUCAGUGGCUUUUCCCCAAGAAAAAAAUCAAAGAGCAGGAAGAAGCCCUGAAAACCUGCAGGCCUCCCUCAGCCUCUGCCCAGAGUGCAGCACCCAUCAGAGCCACGCCAAGUGUGGACAGCAACAUCACAGAGGCCCGGGAGCUCCUGACAGCCGUCGGACAGAUGCUCGAGAAGAAAAUGGCGCUCCACCACAAAUGCUGUGCCUCGAAGCUAAAGCAGCCCAGAGAGGAGCACCCGGGCCCGGCCCCUCAGGCUCCCUGCUACCACAGGCCUCCCGUCUGCCCACGGCAAAGGGGACUGUCCGGUUAUGCAGCCGCCCCCAAGGGCCGGAGCUGCCCCAUCAGGGAAAGGCCCGACAGAAGCCAACAGUCCUUGAAGAGUGUCCACUUCAACAGCCAGCAACGCCCUCUGCCAUCUACAAACCUAGAAAAGCAGCAACAUGAGGGCCAACUGGCCCGCCCCGCCCACCCCAGGGCCCGCCGGCCUGGAUUCCUGCUCUCAGACUUGGAGAAGCCACUUCAGCUGUGA